AGACUUGACAGAAAAGGUUGGAGGGCUGGAGAGAGAGGGUAUUUUUGAAUAUCGCCUCUUCCUUUUUCUUCCCUUUCGCUUCCCCAGUAUUGCUACUUAAACCCACCCCCUCCUCCGCCUUCCCAGUACAGUGUGGCCCAGAAGCCUUUGCACGCGGUAGUUAUGGCUAUCUUCAAAACCCCGAUCCAGUCCCUGGAUCAUAUGGCCAUCGCCGUAGAUAUGGCGGCUCUUCUGAACCUGAUAAAAUUACUGUCCACUUCCUUUGCCGUGUAUAUCUCGUCUCUGGUGCUUUACCGGCUGUUCUUCCACCCUCUGGCGAGGAUUCCGGGACCGUUUUUGGCCAAGAUUACUGAUUGGUACCCUGCUCCCCCUCCUCCCUUCCCCCGGUUCCGGGAUUUGUUUGUUGAUAGGAUGUGGAUAGGUACACCGUCUACUACGCCUACCGCGGGGACAGACACUUGGCACUUUACAAGGCCCACGAGAAAUACGGCCCCGUCAUCCGUUUCGCCCCGAAUCUGAUAUCCUUCAAUUCCGCCUCAUCGCUAAAGGCGAUAUAUGGCCACACACCGCUCAGCCGAUCUCUGCAAAAAUCGCAGUUCUACGCUGCGUUCCCGGCUGUGAAAGGCGUGCACAACACCCACAAUGCCAUCUCGAAAACCGAGCACGGUCGUAAGCGUCGCGUACUCUCCGCCGCCUUCUCCGAAGCGGCGUUGAAGAGCGCGGAGGAUCUGGUCCUGGACAACAUCGAUGUAUUCUCCGGCAAGGUCAACGACGCCUUCAAGCGUGGUGUCGGCGUCGACAUGGGUGACCUAUUCAGCUGGCUCACUUUCGAUGUCAUGGGCGAUCUCUGCUUUGGGAAGAGCUUUGGCAUGUUGACGGAGGAGCCGACGAGGUUUGUUACCAAUUUAGUCAGUCAGGCGGCGCACAACCAUUAUAUUGUAUGUUCUCCACGAGCCCCCCCCCCAUCCAUCGCCCUUUGCUAAUAAUUAGGGAAUAGAAUGGGAAUUACCUACCAUUAGUCACUUUGAAACUUUCCAAGGUCCUCUUCCCAACGAUCUCCCGCGACCGCUGGAGAUUCAUUCGGCAUUCCCGAGCUUGCGCAGAUGAGCGUGUGAACCUCGGAAAAACAUACAAGAAGGACUUCUUCUACUAUCUUCUCGAUGCCAAGGAUCCCGAAACUGGCGAAGGCUUCGGAACUAAGGAAUUGUGGGGUGAAGCUAAUGUUCUUAUGAUUGCCGGUUGCCCCCCCCCCCCCCCUGCCCUACCAUCAAUAUACUCGUACCGGUAUUAACGCUAUAUCCAGGCUCCGACACAACCGCGACUGCCAUGUCCGCAGCAAUGUUCUACCUCUGCCGCAAUCCGCGAGUACUCGAGACCCUAAAGAAGGAAAUACGCGGUACGUUCACCAAAAAGGAGCAAAUUGUUGGCGGAAAAGAACUCGGCGACUGCCACUACCUAAGAGCCUGUAUCGACGAAGCCAUGCGCCUAGCACCCCCAGUUCCAGGCCUCCUCCCCCGCGAGGUCAUCGCCAAGGAAGGGAUAGAAAUCGACGGGGUUUACAUUCCAGAAGGAGUAUGUCCCCUCCUUCCCCCCCCCCCACCUCAUCCUAAAACAAGAAAACUAACUGAAAAAAAAACAAAAGACCGUAGCAGGAACCCCAAUCUACGCCCUCCACCAUAACCCCGCCUACUUCCCUGAUCCAUUCUCAUUCAAGCCGGAGCGCUGGCUACCCGCUUUCACCUCCCAGGAAGAAGUCGAAGCUGCACGGUCCGCUUUCACACCUUUCUCCAUUGGCCCGAGAGGGUGCAUUGGCAAGAGCGUGGCGUACAUGGAGCUUAGACUUACCCUCGCUAGAUUGCUGUUUGAGUACGAUUGCGAGGAGGUGGAGACUGAAGGGAAGGCCGCGCUUUGGAAGGAAGGGUAUGCAAUGGUUGACGGGGAGUAUAGGCUUAUGGAUCACUUCACGAGUCGGAAGGAAGGGCCUGUGAUGAAAUUUUCCAGGAGAUAGAGUAGUGGGAGCUUUUAGGGGGUGGGUGGGUGGGUGGGGGAGUAUUGUAUUAUAUUGCUUUCUGGGGGUUUCCCCUCUGUGUACCCUCUUUUGAUCCUGGGUGGGUUAGUACUGGUCCGGUAAUUGAAAUUUUUAUAUCGGGA